AUGUUUGACGAACUGCCUUUCCAUAUCCAAGAGGAAAUCCUGAAAACGCUUCCUAUCAAAUCAUUGAUUCAGUUCAGAUCCGUUUCGAAAGCAUGGAAGUCUUUGAUCGACAGCUCAGAGUUUAUUGCUGCCCACAGCGUCAGCCACACACAGCCACAACAUCUGUUUGUAUCGUACACAGAUGAACAAGUGCCUAAAUAUGUUUCUUUUGUCGAUGAUGACUCUUUCCCCCAGCAUAGGUUUGUUCCAUCUCUUCCCCUGUCCAUUAGAGAUCCACGAAUAGUCGGUAGUUCUUAUGGCUUGUUGUGUUUCCAAGGUGAUUCACCUUCCAUCUAUAGAAGGAUGAUUGCUGUUGUUUUGAAUCCUUCCAUUAGAAAAUCAAUAGCUAUCGCACUGCCUGAUAUGUUAUAUACGAAUCAUUUAAUCGUUCUUGGUUUUGGAGUUUGUCCUGUCACCAUUGAUACCAAGAUCAUCCAGAUCACUCAAUUGCGUUGGGGAGUGAACGGAAAAGCGAAAUUGGCAACUUUUGGGAAGUUAAGGUUUAUAAGCAAAGUUCGGGGAAAUUUACAAGUCUAUCUGGCAAUCUCCCCAGCAUAUCAAUACAUAUUAUGGGGCCCCAGGUAG